AUGUUCAGCAAGACAGCAUCGACAGGGUUGGCGUCCAAGAAACCCCCGCCAGCAUACCGAACGAAGCCGAUGAGCUCCUGGACGGUAGAAGACACGAUCGUGUUCUUCAAGGAAUGUGUUACCGAGAAGAAGAAGGUUCUGAACAACAUCCGAUCCAAGGAGGUUGACGGGGACCUUCUGCGCGCCAUGGAGGACGACGAGAUGGAGGAACACAUUGGGCUAGACGGACUGAUGGUGAAGAAGCUGAGAAAGAAGAUGGAUGGAGUGUCAAGAGACGAGGAGGCGGAGAACAAGAUAGCAGCGCUGAUUACCUUCCUGGAAAAGAUCCAUUUGAGUCAAUAUCAUGACAGGCUGGUCAACGACCUCGGGGUAGCAGAUCUGAAAGAGCUGCCUGACCUUAUUGAGAACGCUGACUUCCUGGAGAGGCUGGCCCUCAAGUUCGCGGAGGAGGCGCGGUUCAAGAACGCUGUGAGGCAGAUCAUGCAUCCUUCCAACGCGCAGACGACCCUGCAGCCUCAAAGCGGGAAGGGGUCAGGGAGAGACACUGGCAGAUCCGGCAUGGCGAGCUCAAGGCGAUGA